AAUUUAUUGAGCCUAAUGUAUCUUCGCGCCAUCGCUAGGUGGCACCAGUAGUUGCCAAACAAUCGAAAGUUUUUUAGUUUCGAUCUUGUAAAUACAUUCCUGCCAACCAAUUAUUGCAUUGUUCAUGAGCUCUUAUUUGAGGUGUCAUUAAACGCAGGUGUCUUUAAAUGAUGAAGAAUGUUUGAAUUGUUUUGAUUGUGAGUAUUCGAAGUGUCGUUACUGAGGGUCGAAUAAUUCCUACUUGCCUAUCGUUGAAAACUUAAAAUAACUGUUUCGAUACGCGUGACGUUUGAGAAGAAUGGUUCCAGGAUGACUGAUGUCGAAGACAUUUAUCGGUGACACAACCUGAUUCAAUUGUGAUUUAUCUUUCAUUUUUCGUUAAUUUGAUCAAUCCAGUUCAAGAUCUUGCAAUGUCUUUCUGUCUUAAUCUAUAAAUCCAACCUUAACCUAUAAACGCGAACAUGGAACAGAUUCCUUCAUCUUCGAGCGAACUGGUCUCUAGUCAGAAGUCAUUGCCAUCGUCUUACAAUCCCGGAUGGAACGAUCCUCCAGAGAGGGCUAUGUCCUCGCAAUGUUCCUCCGAUGGGACAUCCAGUAAGAGAGUGUUGAACAAACGGGUGGCGUUCCCACUAUCUUCACAGACCUCUGCUUUAGAGAGAACUAGUCCCUUGCUUCCAUCCGACAUGCCUCCUGUUUCACCGUCUUCCUUAAAGUUAACUACAGCUCCCCAUAAGCCCCUUGUGACUCCUAUUGCCAAGGAUACGAAAUCAUUGGAGUCUGAUUUCGACAAAGAUCAAGCUUUGAAAGAAGUUAUAGACAAUCUAGAGUCUAUGAUGAUGGAACAGAGUAUAGAGAAAAAUAAACUACAGGAGUUACAAAAGAGAUUGAAUAUCAUGAAAUCUGAUUGGCUACAAGAUAAGCUAAAUAAUACAGUACAAAGAAGUAUUCUGGAUAUAUCAAAAGCAUUGCUGAGGAAAGAUAUCCAGCAAGCUGAUAAGAUCCACAUUAAUCUUAUGAUGCAGCAUGCAAGCAUCUGUCGUGCCUGGAUACCUGUCAUCAGGCACAUGAUAUUAGAAUUAAAAAAGGAUAGUGAAGUUUCACAAGUGGAACACCUGCAAUCACUUUUGUUAUCUGUAGAAAGGAUCGAGGAGAGCGAGGAAAAAUGAGUGUAACUGAAUAUUGAUUAAUAAGCUCAUCAUACUGUGGAUACAGUAUCGGAAGAUAAAGAUUUACAUGUCAGUUACUUGCUACUCAAGGACUCUACAGUGGAAUGUGCAAUAUUACAGGCAGAAAGAGUCGCAGCUGACCGCAAGGACAAAUGAUUAAAGAGUGAAAAGGCGGCUGUACUCAUAAAAGUUUUUUGUAUUUUUCGUUUCUCUCUUAUGUAUAUUCACAAAGGACAAUUACAUCUGACUUACCACAUA